CAAAAAAGUUCAUCGACACACCUAACCUAGUAAAGUAAGAACCUCAUUAUCACUGCAGAUCAUGAAAACCAGAGCUCACUCGAGCGACAACCCACACUCUCAAACAAGUCUCCGCCAGAGAGGCAGAGAGUACCCGUUACCCCAACCACUACAAAUCAAAUCCUACUGAAACCAGGCAGCAACGCAAAUACACUUCGAGAACCAGAGGACGCGCGCAGCACGACAAUGGCAGAGGAGCCCCCGCCGGGGAGUAGGCCGAAGCCGCCGAUGUCGCGCAUCAUGCGUCUCUCCCUCAGGGCCGUCGACUACGUCGCCGACGCCACCCGCCGCGCCGACGGCACCGUGAACCGCCGCGUGCUCUCCCUCCUAGACCCGCGCGUCCCGGCCUUCUCCUCCCCGUGCCGCGGCGUCGCCUCACGCGACGUCGUCAUCGACCCGACCCUCCGCGUUCGCGCCCGCCUCUUCCACCCAGCGAGACCCGGCGACGCCAAGGGAGCGCCUCUCCCCGUGAUCGUGUUCUUCCACGGCGGUGGGUUCGCGUUCCUCUCCGCGGCGUCACUGGCCUACGACGCCGCGUGCCGACGCAUCGCGAGGUACGCCUCCGCGGCCGUGCUCUCCGUCGACUACCGCCGCGCCCCGGAGCACCGGUUCCCCGCGCCCUACGACGACGGCCUCGCCGCGCUCCGCUUCCUCGACGACCCGAAUAACCACCCGGCGGACGCCCCGCUCGCGACCUCCCGCUGCUUCCUCGCCGGGGACAGCGCGGGCGGCAACAUCGCGCACCACGUCGCCAGGCGCUACGCCGCGGACGUGCCUGCGUUCAAGAACGUCCGUCUCGCCGGCGUCAUCGCCAUCCAGCCCUUCUUCGGCGGCGAGGAGCGCACGCCCUCCGAGCUCCGCCUUGACGGGGCGCCGAUCGUGUCCGUCUCCCGCACCGACUGGAUGUGGCGCGCGUUCCUCCCGGACGGCGCUGACCGCACUCACGAGGCUGCGUGCUUCACCUCCCCUGGGGCAGCCGCUGGCAUGGACAGCCCGGCGUUCCCGCCGGUGCUGCUCGUCAUCGGCGGUUAUGACCCGCUGCAGGACUGGCAGAGGCGGUACUGCGAGGUGCUGAAGGACAGCGGCAAGGACGUGAGGGUGUUGGAGUACCCGGACGGCAUUCACGCGUUCUUCCUCUUCCCUGGGUUCGACGACGCGCGCAACCUCAUGACACGCAUCGCCGAGUUCGUCGGCGAGAGCGACGAUGAUGGCGGCAGCGAGGAACCCUUAUUCCACGCCUGCUUGCUUGGUUGGUUGGGACUUGCGAACCUGGAUGCCGUGUCGGAUGCGUAGUUUGGUACUUCUGGUUGCGACAUUCUUUUGGUUUUGCUGUGGUCGCGUGGUUGGUUAAGUAUGGCAUGUGUAACGCCUCAGAAUUCAACAUUUGCCAGCCACGUUACCACACUACUCUAAUUAAUACCUAGAAGCAAAAACUCUAAAUUCCGGCCGCAUUUCCUUUGUUUAUAAAAGCAUCCACAAUGAGAAUAUGACAAUAUCACAUAUGAAUAACUACCGGAGAUAUUCAC